ACUUUAUAAUUAUAUGACCGACAGAACUCAAUCGGAGUAAAUUACUACGCACUUUACCCGUCGUUCAACCCACAGACUACUGAGAACGGAAUACAUUAUAAGAACAGGGCAUAGUGCCAGGUAAGAUAUAAACAUUCACAUGUAAGAACCGAUCUGGGAGCGGCACAUCGAAAUCCUACCUCUAAAAUGAAAUAUUAUACAAAAUGGAAGAAGGAAAUUCUCCCAAAAUUUCUCUGAAUGAACCGAAUGGAAAGGAAAACAUGCACGACGAAGGCAACAAGUUUAAAUCGUUUGAAGAACAAGUGAAAUUCUACGAACGACGUAUUAGGACUUUUCAUAAAGCAAAGCAAAAAGAAAACGAAGGAGAUGAGUUAUGCAAUUUAGGAAUUCUGUACUACAAAGCUGGAAGAUUACAAGAAGCAAGGCAUUGUCAUGAAAGACAUCUGUAUAUUGCUAAGUCAAUCAACAGUGCAAGAAGCCAGAAAAGAGCGCAGUGUAACUUAGGAUGUACAUUUCGUAGGUUAGGCAACAUUGACCGCGCGAUUGAGUGCUAUGAGGAAGGACUAUCACUUGCCAAGGAUCUUGGRGAUCGACAGGGAGAAGGAAAGUUAAUCAAUAACCUCGCGAAUAUCUUUGAACAAAAAGGAGACUUCGAUCGUGCCAUAUUUUAUCAUCAAAGACGAUUGAAACUCGCCAAGGAAUUGAACGAUUUGGACGCUGAGAGCAAGUCGUGUGCAAGUAUUGGSAAUAUMCAUCAUUUACUGGGAAACAUCAGAGAGAGUAUUGCAUACUAUGAACGACUAGUCGCCAGUUUGAAGUUUAAACUCGCUCAAAAGGAUAAAAAAGCCAAAAUGACCGAAGGCUUUACACAAAAUGGAAAAGACGAUGAAAACGGCGUUGGCGAUGCUGAUGACGAACUACCCGACGUCCCUCCGAGUGUUCGCCGACAGAGUGACUCUAUCAGCAUAAACAGUUCAAAGAGCGGUGGAAGUAAUCAUGUCGACACGCCGCUUUCAAAACGUGGCUCUUCGCCCCUAUAGUUCCUGAUUCGUUGAUUUCGUGGAUGUUUUGAGUUAAAGCAGAAUGCUCAGCUUUCUUUUUCCGCUAUGUAAACAUGUGUAAAUAUUGAGUAUUUCAUCAGAGCUCAGAUUGAACAUGACUGCAAUAUCUGAUGGACCAUGAUUUUUGUUUUGAAGAAACCACCAUAACAUCUUCCAAGUCGACAAGCGACUCAUAUGCAUGAGUUUAUCUGACAUUAAAUCCCUAAAUCCGUGAAAAAAGAUUAUACUUAUUAGCAACAAAUUAUCRCUAAUCAGAAAAUAGAAAGCAAAGGAUUUAGUAUUGAAAUGAGUCUUAAUUAAAGUACUAAUUAAUCUUGAACGUCGGAUAUAUCGGCGYUCGUUAGUGUAGAAAAACACUGUAUAUACCACACAGGACUUCCUAUCACAGCGUGGUACAGUAUGGAACCAAUAUCGCUUCUUCCAGUUAUCCAGGAAAUGUUCCUGGAAAAAUUAUACUGUAGUUUGUGCACUAUGAUCAAGCACRUAAUUAAUAUAAACAGCAUUAAUUUACUAGCCUUACUAGGCUGUUGCAAGGUUCGAUGGCAUUAAAAGCAAGCAUAAUCUUCAUUUUAACAGAAUAUUGGUUGGUUGUAAGUCCUCCAGGCCCCGUCCACACGUAUCCACAACAGAAAUCUCCGGACACACUAUGAACGGUCGCACACGGUACGUCUUGACGCAGAUCAUCCAGUCUCUGGAGUCGUGAGGACGGGGCCUGUACCAGGACUUAUAGCAAUGUCGCACUAUAGUUUAGUAAAUAUUGACUGAUAGUAUUUUUUCAUUAAAAAAUUACUUAAUCUUAGAAAAAUGUGAAGUAUCUUAGGUGUUGUCUGUAGGGCGUGGUUUAUAAAGGAAAACAAGCGCGUAGAAGGAAAGCCCUUUUACCGGCAGGCGAAAAUCAGAAAAUGGAGAUAAAAUCAGCAAAGAAAAUCCUUC